AUGCGAGGCCAGCGUGCGGUGCCGAACAUGCGCAGGUGCUGGAAACCAGCCGCCUGGCUCCUGCUGUCCCUGCUCGUGUCCCUCUUCUUCCUCGCUGUCAGCACGUUUCUGCGACUUGGAGAUAUGAGAAUAAACAGGCGAGCUGUAUCAACCGGUAGCAUGCAAACGUCUGUGCAGCCACAUUACCAAGUGCGCCUGCUGAAUGGGCGUAACAGGUGCGAGGGCCGUGUGGAGGUGCGCUACAACGAGUCCUGGGGCACAGUGUGCGAUGACGACUGGGACAUGGUGGAUGCCAACGUGGUUUGUCGGCAACUGGACUGCGGGUUGGCCGUGGCUGUGGGCAGCAGCUCCUACUUCGGGCAGGGCUCGGGGCCCAUCCUGCUGGAUAAUGUGGACUGUAAAGGAGGGGAGACAGACCUGAGCCAGUGCGGCAGUCUGGGCUGGGGCGUCCACAACUGCUACCACUAUGAGGAUGUUGCCGUCACAUGCAGAGACACGUCCAUCUUGGAGCCAAAGGGUCAAGGGGAGGCGACGACGCCACCCCGCAGAAAUUCGGGCUCACGUGAUGGUACCAUCCGUCUGGUGGGCGGACUGGACCACUGCCAGGGCCGGGUCGAGGUCUACUACCGGGGAAGCUGGGGCACGGUGUGUGAUGAUGACUGGAGCAGUAAUGACGCUGAGGUGGUGUGCCAGCAGAUAGGCUGCGGGCAUGCCGUCUCGGCACACUCCAACGCCUACUUUGGCUACGGAACAGGCCUGAUCCUCCUGGACAACGUCAACUGCAACGGCAACGAGCAGCAGCUAUCCAGGUGCUAUAGCCUGGGCUGGGGCACCCACAACUGCGGCCAUCACGAGGAUGCCGGGGUCGUCUGCGCUGGUUCAGGCUCCACCACUGUGCCCACCCAGAAUACUGAGACAAUAGGCCCGAGGAGCUUUUUCGUCACAGAGAGCACUGCAGCGACAGAUGGAACGGUUGCAGUCACAGACGCCACCACCGCCGUCACCACCACCGCCUUGACAACGCGAGAGAGGCCGACCAUCCGGGUGGUGAACGGCAACAGCAGCUGCCAAGGGCGUGUCGAGGUCUUCCACGACAACCUGUGGGGCACGGUGUGCGACGACGACUGGGACCUGCCCAACGCCCAGGUGGUGUGCAGGCAGCUUGGCUGCGGCCCGGCCGUCUCGGCCAAGGCCCAGGCCUACUUCGGCUACGGCUCCGGCCCGAUCCUGCUGGACAACGUGGACUGCAGGGGCAGCGAAGGCGACCUCACGGACUGCUUCCACCUGGGCUGGGGUCAGCACAACUGCCGCCACAACGAGGACGCGGGAGUUAUCUGCACACCUUUCCAGCAAAUCAUCGCGGUUGGACGGGACUUUGGCUUUACGGCGAGGAUGCCCACCACCAAAACACCCAGCGAAGGGCAGGUGCGGCUGGCGGACGGCCAGCACCGCUGUGAAGGACGGGUGGAGAUGUUCUCGGGCAGCGAGUGGGGCACCGUGUGCGACGACGCUUGGGACCUGCCCGACGCCCAGGUCGUGUGCCGCCAGCUGGGCUGCGGGGAGGCGGCGGCGGCCCGGGUGGAAGCCUUCUUCGGCCCCGGCCCCGGCCCCAUCCUGCUGGACAAUCUGAAGUGCAGCGGCGCCGAGGCCUCGCUCCGGGAGUGCUCUCAUAUAUCCUGGGAUGUGCACAACUGCGAUCACACCGAGGACGCCGGUGUCACCUGCUCCCUGUCGUGAUUUCAGCACAACCGCACACCAAACCUCU